ACACAGCCCAACAACACAUGUGACUAAAGCAUGACUUUUGCAAUGGAUUUGUAAAUAAAUAUCAAAACAAAAUACUAAACAAUGCCUUAAAUUGUGACUAAAUUUUUAAUUAAUGCAAACUAUUUAUAAGAUUUAUUUAAUUAAACGCAUAAUUAAUAUAAUAACCGACAAAAUAGUUAUAAAAUUUAAUUAUUAAAAAUGAUUUUAAAGACAAUAAAAGUGUUGAGAAAUAAUUGGAAAAAAUCCGUGUUUUUCAGUUGUGUUGCCGUUUAUGGCGUUAAUUACGGAUACAAUAAACUGAUUGAACACAACAAAAUGAGGGCCUAUUGCGAGGAGGCGUUGAGGUUUGGCAACCAAUACAUACGGCCCGACCAGAACUGCCGACACUUAACAGUAAUACUGAAUCCAAUGGCAAAUAAGCGGAAGAGUAAACAAAACUACGAUAAAUAUUGUGCACCACUUCUGCAUUUGGCGGGCAUUCGGGUCAGUGUUGUGGUGACCGAAGAGGAGGGUCAGGCGCGCGACCUCAUGGAGAUCAUGGACAACACGGACGCCGUGUUGAUCGCAGGCGGCAACGGCACAGUUCACGAAGUGGUGACCGGUCUGUUGCGGCGCACAGACGGCCGCCCGGGUGUCCAUCAGUACCCGAUCGGUAUACUGCCGGUCGGCCGACGCAAUACCAUCGCUGUCAACGUGAAUGGUGUCCGCGACAAACACCUCAAGCCUUACGAAUUGUUAGCCGAGUGCACCCUCUCUGCCAUCCGUGAAGUGUUAAAACCGGUGGAUGUGAUGAGAAUUGAGGGCACAAAAGGCCGGCCGGUGUUCGCGUUGGAAGAGUUCAACUGCGGCCGACUUCGGGACACACUGUCUGUGGCCGACGGGUACUGGUAUUUGGGCGCUUAUCUCAAGCCAUAUCUGGCUUUCGCUUUCAAUACGCUUAGAAGACUGACGGCAGUGGAAGGGGUGAGCAUAUCGUACAGCAAUCCCUGUGACGGAUGCUCUAAAUGCUACCAACGCUACGAACGUGAGGCCCCGGGGGGUGUUGGGCUGGCGGAGGGGCCGACCCGUUGGUGGCACGUAUUUAUGCCACGAAAGGGCGCCGACACUCGCGGCCCGACUCAACCGAAACGUGAUUUAAAGGCUAUCCAUAACUCGGAGUGCGGCCAGUGGUCAACGCUGGCCGAGACGGGCGCCGACAACGUCCUCAUCCAGAAUACCAAUGAAUCCAAACUGAAACUCAUUAUUCACAGCCAGCCCUCAGCGCACCGGCAAUUCAUAAACGAUGGCGUUAAGUUAUUCAAUAGCGAGCCGUUGGCUGUGGAGGGGAUGAGUCCCUGCGUACAACUGAUCGAAGCGAUGGAUAUUAAUAUAGAUUUGGCCGAAGAUAAGAGUGGCGGCAACGAUGGCAACGACGACCAGACAGUUGUCGAUCAAACGAUGGAUCAAACAGUGGAUGCGGAGGCAGUAGAAGUCGUCGGCGGCGACGCCACCAGUGAUGGCGAUAAGAUCGAAGCCGUAGAUAAUUCGGCCACUAAUUCAUGGUUUAGUAUCGAUACUGAAAGUUAUGAGAGACAGUCCGUUAAGAUUACGCUAAUGCCUAAAGUGUUGAAUAUGUACGCGCUGUAAGUGAUGGCCCCAUACAUGCCAUCCAUACCACUCUGGCUUCACUACCUUUCCUCCGGUUAUGAUAAUAAUAAUGUGUUUAUAAUAAUAAAUGAAUGCAAAAAACGAUG